UAGUAUUUUAUAAUCUAAACAACUGGACUCCAUUUUGAAUUAGGUCCUUUUCCCACAUAUUGGAUUUUCAAUCAAAAACAGAAACAAAGAAAGAAAAUCGAAUUCCUUGUGUUUGGUAUUAAAGGAACCCGUACCCUUGCGCUCCUCCAGCACGGGAUUAAGUAACCCCUCCUCUCCAAACAAUUACUCUCUCUCUCAAACGGCUAGUUAAAAAGGCCUUAUUUUCUUUCCCAAGAAAGCCAACCUUGGCUGAAUGCAAGAAGAUGUUGCCUAUCAAACAGAAUCUCUCUUUCUUCUUCUACUUCAUCGUCUUCUUACUUUUCAUUUCUGGGUCGUCUUCUUCUUCAAACUGUGACCUCGCAGCACUCUUAUCUUUCAAGAAAUCCUUAUCAGAACCAUCUAUAACUCUUUCUUCUUGGAUUAAUACAAGCAAUCCUUGUUUAGACUCAUGGUAUGGUGUCACUUGCAAUCCAACAACUCACCGAGUUACCAGACUCGUUCUUGAAAAUCUUAACCUCACGGGGUCUAUUACUCCACUUACUAAACUCACUCAACUUAGACUCCUUAGUCUUAAGCACAACAACCUCUCUUCUUUCUCUAGCUUGAACUUAGCUGCAUGGCCAAGCAUGAAGCAUCUUUACCUUUCUUAUAACCGCCUCUCCGGUCCAUUCCCUUCAGCUAUAUCAUCUCUCAAGCGUCUGCACCGCCUGGACCUCUCUUACAAUCACCUCUCCGGUCAUAUCCCGAUCAGUGAGAUUUCUUCUUUGCCGCUACUGUUGACACUAAGACUAGAGGAUAAUUCUUUUGAUGGGAGUAUUGACUCUGUUCACAUGUUAUCAUUGUCCGUUUUGGAAUUCAAUGUGUCGAAUAAUCGCCUUAGCGGAAAGAUUCCAGCUUGGUCGUCUCGUUUUCCGGCGAGUUCGUUCGCCGGAAAUGGUGAGCUUUGCGGCGAGCCGUUGCCUCGGGAAUGUUGGAAUCAGAGUGUGCACAGUCAGCCGGUGCAAUCGGGAAAAGAUGGGUUGACGACGGUGAAGAAAGUGAAUAACUGGGUGGUGGUGAUGAUCGUUGGUGUAGACACGGCGGCGAUUGUGGUGGCGAUUGUGACCAUCGCGUGCUGUUGUUAUUAUAGGCGGAGGAGAAGACGAAAUAAUAGGACAUAUGGAGAAGUUAUAAAGAGAAAAGGUGGGUCCCAUCAUCCCGAAAUUGGAGCAUAUUACUACGGUGGUGGUGGAGUCAGAGAUGGUGAGGAGAUGGUGGUUUUUGAAGGGUGUAAGGGAUUUACUGACGUGGAUGACUUGUUAAAAUCAUCAGCAGAGUUGCUGGGGAAAGGUUCUGUGGGGACCACUUACAAGGUGGAGAUGGACAGCGGCGACACUGUGGUGGUGAAGAGGGUUAGAGAGAGGAGACGGAGGAGGUCGGAGGUUGGUGGGUGGCUGAGGAUGAUAGGUGGGUUGAGGCAUACUAAUAUUGUGAGCCUUAGAGCUUACUAUAAUUCUAAGGAUGAGUUGCUUUUGGUCCAUGAUUUUCUACCAAAUGGAAGCUUACAUUCUCUCUUACAUGGGAAUAGAGGACCAGGGAGGACGCCAUUAGAGUGGAGCACAAGGCUACAACUAGCUUCAGGUUCUGCAAAAGGACUUGCAUUCUUCCAUGGGUACCAUAAAGCUAAGCUUUUUCAUGGGAAUCUAACAUCUUCAAAUAUUUUGGUUGAUAGUUGGGGCAAUGCAUGCAUUUCUGACAUUGGCAUUCACCAACUCUUGCAUUCACCCCCUCUCUCAAACGAUGCCUACAAAGCCCCUGAGCUAAUGCCCAACAACAACAAUAUCAUCAUCCAUGGGAAAUUUACUCAGAGAUGUGAUGUAUAUAGUUUUGGGGUGAUUUUGCUAGAGAUUUUAACAGGGAAAAUGCCAACUGGGGAAGGAGAAACAAGCUUAGGAAGAUGGGUCCAAAAAGUUCCACGAGAAGAAUGGACUUGGGAAGUGUUUGAUUUCGAGUUAUUAAGGUCAAAGGAGAUGGAAGAAGAGAUGGUUGCUCUUAUGCAAGUAGCUUUACUUUGCUUGGCCACAUUGCCAAGAGAUCGUCCAAAGAUGAGCAUGGUUCACAGAAUGAUUGAAGAUAUUAGGACUAAGGGUAGUGCAAGAGGAAGUGCCUCAAGUUCAAUUCUGAAUGACAUUUCUUCUGAUUCAUCUCCUUCCUUAUCAGAAAACACCAUUAACUUUACUAGUAGUAGUUAAUUAAUGGAUGAGAAGUACCCCUAUUGGCAAUCUUACAGAUUAUAUAUGUAUAGAUGUAAGAUGGCCAGUACUUGAUAUUGAAGUUUUUGCAUUCCAAUUUCCUUAACGCACAGGCUUAAUGUCUAAAGAAGCACAUUUUUAGUUAA